AUGGGCGUUACCAAGACAGUUCACGUCAAAGGUACAGGACCACAGCCUCUUAGAGGCCAGAAGGUGACAGUGGCCUUCACUGGCUGGCUCAAGGAUACAAGCAAGCCAGAUAACAAAGGGCGGCUGCUCCAUUCCUCUCUCAAUUAUGGUAACUUCGAAGUUGACAUUGGGGUAGGAAAGGUUAUCAGGGGUUGGGACGAGGCUGUCCUAGGAAUGAAGGUUGGCGAACAAGCGACGCUAGACAUCACAGGUGACUAUGCCUAUGGGGAGCAGGGAUUUCGUGGGCGCAUUCCGCCCAAUGCGGACUUGAUCUUAUUGGAUGUAAUCCCUGUUAAGAUUGUUCAAAGUGGACUGCUGAACGAAAGCCUAGGCACAUUGCAUGCCCUGGGGAAGCGCAAGAUUUCUGAAGGGGACCUGCCUAUUUCCCUCAAACGACCCAUGACGGAACGUAAACCUGAGGAGGUUGAUCCCGUCAACAAGAUGCAGGUCGAUAACUCGAACACGGGCGCGCCCGAGAUCGAUGAGUCUCUCUACAGUCGCCAGCUCUAUGUCCUUGGCCACGAGGCAAUGAAGCGCAUGAGCGCGUCUAACGUGCUCGUCGUUGGCCUUAGGGGUCUUGGUGUUGAGAUCGCCAAGAAUAUCGCCCUUGCAGGCGUCAAGAGCCUGACCCUCUACGACCCGACGCCGGUUGCCAUCGCCGAUCUUUCUGCACAAUUCUUCCUUCGGUCUGAGGAUGUUGGCAAGCCUCGCGACCAGGCCACAGCUCCUCGUGUUGCCGAGCUGAAUGCAUACGUUCCUGUCCGCAUCCACGAGUCUCCAAAUCUCAGCGAGAACUUGUCGCAGUUUGACAAAUAUCAAGUUGUUGUCCUCACAAAUACCCCGUUGCGCCUCCAGAUCCAGAUCGGCGACUACUGCCACCAGAAAGGUAUUCACUUCAUCGUUGCUGAUACUUUCGGCUUGUUCGGCUCCGUGUUCUGCGAUUUUGGCGAUAACUUCACUGUCUACGAUGCCACUGGCGAAAACCCUGUCAGCGGUAUCGUCGCUGGUAUCGAUGAGGAGGGAGUUGUGUCUGCGCUUGAUGAGACUCGCCAUGGUCUCGAGGAUGGCGAUUACGUCACAUUCUCUGAGAUCGAGGGCAUGGAAGCGCUAAACGGCUGCGAGCCUCGCAAGGUUACCGUCACGGGGCCGUAUACCUUCUCAAUCGGGGAUGUUUCGGGUCUCGGCGAGUAUAAGCGCGGUGGUCUCUUCCAACAGGUCAAAAUGCCCAAGUUCCUCAGCUUCAAGACAAUUUCCGAGGCCAUCAAGGACCCUGAGUUUGUUAUUUCGGAUUUCGCCAAGUUCGAUCGCCCGCAACAACUGCAUAUAGGAUUCCAGGCACUUCAUGCCUUUGUCCAGUCUAAGGGUUAUCUCCCCAGACCCCUCAAUGAGGAGGAUGCGGCCCUCGUGCUCGAACUGUCCAAAAAUAUCGCAGAGGAGCAGGGAGUCAAGGUAGAGUUUGAUGAGAAGCUCCUAAAGGAGCUCAGCUUUCAGGCAACAGGUGAUCUCAGCCCCAUGGCGGCCUUCUUCGGUGGUCUCACCGCCCAAGAAGUGCUCAAGGCUGUGUCCGGCAAGUUCCACCCUAUCAAACAGUGGAUGUACUUCGAUUCUCUUGAGUCUCUGCCGACGAGUGUGGCUCGUACUGAGGAGUUGUGCAAGCCCAUUGGCUCUCGCUAUGAUGGCCAGAUUGCUGUCUUUGGCCGCGAGUUCCAGGCUAAAAUUGCGAACAUGAAGCAGUUCCUUGUUGGUGCUGGUGCCAUCGGCUGCGAGAUGCUCAAAAAUUGGGCGAUGAUUGGCCUUGGCACUGGUCCCAACGGCCGUGUUGCUGUGACCGAUAUGGAUCAGAUCGAGAAGAGCAACCUCAACCGCCAAUUCCUGUUCAGGCCCAAGGAUGUCGGUUCGAUGAAGAGCGAGUGUGCCGCAAAGGCAGUGACCGCCAUGAAUCCCGAGCUGGACGGUCACAUUGAUGUCUACAAGGACCGCGUCAGCCCCGAGACAGAGCAUAUCUUCCACGAGGAGUUCUGGAAUGCCCUGGAUGGUGUCACCAAUGCUCUUGACAACGUUGAGGCGAGAACGUACGUCGACAGGAGAUGUAUCUUCUUCCACAAGCCUCUCCUGGAGAGCGGCACUCUCGGUACCAAAGGCAACACUCAGGUUGUCCUUCCCAAUCUCACUGAGUCGUACUCGUCGUCUCAGGAUCCCCCGGAGCAGUCGUUCCCCAUGUGCACUAUCCGAAGCUUCCCAAACAGGAUCGAGCAUACUAUUGCCUGGGCCCGCGAGCUGUUUGAUAGCAGCUUUGUGAAGCCAGCGGAGACAGUAAACCUCUACCUGACCCAGCCCAAUUUCCUCGAGACUACUCUCAAGCAAACGGGCAACGAGAAGCCCACGCUUGAGAUGCUCUUGGACUUCCUCAAGAACGAGAAGGCUCUCACCUUCGAGGACUGUGUGCAGUGGGCUCGGAUGCAGUUUGAGAAGCAUUACAACUACAACAUUCAACAGCUUCUGUACAACUUCCCCAAGGAUGCGGUCACGUCUACUGGUGCGCCGUUCUGGUCGGGCCCCAAGCGUGCCCCGGACCCGCUCAAGUUUGAUCCCAACAACCCGACGCAUUUUGCCUUCAUCGAAGCGGCCACGAACCUGCACGCCUUCAACUACAAUAUUAAUGUCAAGGGGAAGACGCGGCAGGAUUAUCUCAAUGCCUUGGAUUCGAUGAUCAUUCCUGACUUCUCCCCUGAUGCCAACGUCAAGAUUCAGACUGAUGACAAGGAUUCCGACCCGAAUGCCGGUGGCAGCUCCUUUGAUGACUCGGCUGAGCUGCAGAAGCUUAUCAACGAGUUGCCGGAUCCCAAGACAUUGGCUGGCUUCAAGUUGACGCCUGUCGAGUUCGAGAAGGACGACGACACCAACUACCACAUUGAUUUUAUUACCGCCGCCAGCAACCUGCGCGCAGAGAAUUACAAGAUUGAACCGGCUGACCGGCACAAGACCAAGUUCAUUGCAGGCAGGAUUAUCCCGGCCAUCGCCACGACCACCGCUCUGGUCACUGGCUUGGUCAUCCUGGAGCUGCUCAAGAUUGUGGAUGGCAAGAAGGACAUUUCCCAGUACAAGAACGGCUUCGUCAACCUUGCGCUGCCGUUCUUCGGCUUCAGCGAGCCGAUCGCGAGUCCGAAGGUAGAGUAUAAGGGCCCCGGCGGCGUCAAGGUUACUCUCGACAAGAUUUGGGACCGCUUCGAAGUGGGCAAUAUCACACUACAGGAGCUUCUCGACGAUUUCGAGAAGCGUGGCUUGACCAUCUCGAUGCUCAGCUCCGGAGUGAGCUUGCUCUACGCUUCUUUCUUCCCGCCAGCUAAGCGUAAGGACAAAUACGGCAUGAAGCUGAGUGAGCUGGUCGAGUCGGUCACCAAGAAGCCUAUCCCUGCCCACCAGAAAGAGCUCAUCUUUGAGGUGGUCACGGAGGAUGCUGAUGGCGAGGACGUGGAGGUGCCGUACAUCAAGGCCAGGAUUCGUUAG